AUGAAUAUAAAGACAUUGUUGUCUGAGAUGAAAUCUGAAUUACUGGAACUAAAGAAAACACUGGGGAAAUCAGUCGUCUGUAUCAAUGAUUCAAAUACAGUGAAAGGUAAACCAACAAGCUCAUUUCAGGAGAGUUUGGGACUAAAAGCAUUCAAAAUUAACUCUUUGGAACUUAACAAAACUAGUGAUGAACUUCGUAAACAUUGUGCUGAUUUGUACAAAAAAGGUGUAAAACAGAAUGGAGUUUACAAGAUAGAUCCAGACGGCAAGGGCAGUUUCAAUGUUCGCUGUGAUAUGACGACAUCUGGUGGAGGAUGGACGGUGCUUCAACGUCGUAUUGAUGGCAGUGUUGAUUUCUACCGAGGAUGGCAAGAUUAUAAGCAUGGCUUUGGUGAUUUGAAGGGAGAAUUCUGGCUUGGACUGGAAAAAAUCCGCAGGCUUACAUCCGCUUCGCAAAAUGAGCUUCGUAUUGAUAUGGAAGACACUUCUGGGAACAGAAGAUACGCAGAAUAUGAUUUGUUUGCUGUGACCAGCGAACGGCAGAAAUAUCAGCUUAGUCUUGGGACUUAUUCUGGCAAUGCAGGAGAUUCCUUCACUGAACACAAAGGAAUGUCGUUCUCAACAAAAGAUUCCGACAAUGAUAGACAUAGCAGCCACUGUGCUGUGUCAUUCAAGGGUGCUUGGUGGUAUAGUGACUGCAUUUCAUCUAAUCUCAAUGGUCUGUAUCAUCAUGGUGCAUACAACCCAUAUGCUGAUGGUAUCCACUGGCGUACGUGGAAAGGGUAUCAUUAUUCCCUGAAAUCAACAUCGAUGAAAAUCCGUCCGCGAGUAUUUGGACUGAAAAAAUAA